AUGUCAUUUACCCCGCCAAAAUCGAUUGCCCCUCGGACGUGGAGAAGAGAUAACAGCGAGUUCUUCAUCUCAACAGAAAAGUCCCUGCUGUCCGUCAAAGCAGUUAACGAGGCUUAUGGGAGAGAGUUCAUUUAUUGGGCAAACCCAUUCGACGAAGAAAUUUUGCACCAAAUGCUGCAUGGGUGUAUGAGUUUCGGCGUCUAUAGACAACUUCGUCGCUCUGAGUCACAACCCGAGCUUGAAACGCCAUCCGCCGACAACACAGAACAAAUCGGGCUGGCACGAAUGAUUACCGAUGGAGUCACUUUCGGCUACCUGACGGAUGUCUAUGUCUUGCCUGAGUACCAAGGCUACGGGCUGGGGUCAUGGCUCAUCGAAUGUGUUUCCGACGUCUUCUCCAAGGCUAAUAUGCCAUAUAUUCGUCGAAACAUGCUGCUUACCAGCGGCGAACCGCUGCAAAAGUUCUAUGCCAAGAUCUUCGGAAUGAAGGUUGUUGGACAUGAAGAGCGGAAGGAUAUUGGCAAAGAUUUGGUGUUCAUGUGCGCGAGGCCGGGUGCUGAGCCAGCCGCCCCAGCUGCGCAAUAA